AUGGCGGACGAAAUGACGAGGGCAGGAGGAAGAAGGCUCUCUGUGCUGUAUGGCUCUCAAACUGGGACUGCCCAAGAAGUUGCUGAAAGAAUCGGUCGAGAAGCAAAAAGAAGAUACUUGUCAGCGAGUGUUUUGGCUCUAGACGAUUACAAUGUGGUAUGCCUAUCAUCAGAUGUCUAUAGUUAUGUUAAGAUAUUUUGUUAUGUAAGUACAUGGUAGGUAUUAUAAUGACUUGCAUACUUUUUCAGAUGAAGCUGAUUGAAGAAGAGCUUGCGAUAUUUGUAUGUGCAACAACAGGUCAAGGAGAUGAACCUGAUAAUAUGAAGGUUGUUACAGCUAUACUUUUUAUUCUAUGGCAAAAUGUUCAUUGAUUAAUUUUAAGUUAUUUUUAUUUAAGAGUCUUUUUUUAAGUUAUUUUUAUUUAAGAGUCUUUUUAUUCAAGAUUUUUCCUUAACUUUCUCUCCAAUCGUUAGUGAUUCGUUAGUGAGUCGAAUUUUAAUGGAGUAGAAUUGCUUUUAUAAGGCUUGAAAAAAAAACCACUGUUAUAAAUAUAUCUUUUUUAAUUCUGAGCAACCCUCUCUUGAUCUUGUCGCUGCAUUGCAGAGUAAAAAAAGCCUAGUUCUUACUGAUUGAGCUUUGCUCUAUAACUUCAAAAAUAUUAAAUAAUAAUUUUUAAAAAGUGCUCUUAACUCUUUUACUCUGAUUUUCCAGCUUGUUAGAUCACAAGAGAAGCUAAUCAUGAUUAUCUUCCAUCUAUAAAGUGGGAGAACUUCAAAAUUUAUUCUUCAGUAAAAUGAAAUAGUUAUAGUUGUACUUGAUUAACAAGAAAAUAAAAAAUCAAAAUAAAACAACAAUAACAACAUGUUGUUUGAUGUUUUAUAGAAAUUUUGGAGAUUUAUCCUCAGAAGAAACCUUCCUGUUAAUUCUCUAUCUGGGUUGUCAUUUGCAGUCCUAGGCUUAGGAGAUUCAUCAUAUCCAAAGUAGGUUUAGAUGGUGAUGGGAAUGAAAGAUAUGAUUUAACCCUUUAACUCGCAUGAGUAACCAAGACAGAAUUUCUCCAUGCAGUAUAAUUACAAUAUCAACCAGAUAAGUGAUGAGAAUAGAGAAAAUAUCAAUUAGGGGAUCAUAAGUUGAUCCAAUACUAAAUUAUCUGAACUAACAUUGUAAGAUUUGUAUUGUUGACAGUAAGGAAAAUUACAAAUUUGAUGUGGGAUUUAAAGGGUUAAGGUGGCUGGGAAAUAUCUCAAGAUAAGGAUUUUGUGAAAGUCAGAUUAUCAGAAUUUUGAUUCUGUCAUGAUGAUAAAUAAUGGAUACUAUAAAUCUUAAGUAAUUCAUCAUCAGUCUACUCUGAUUAAAGUAAUUUUUGAUUUAUUUUUAUUUUAUAGAUUUAACUUUAUUGCCAAGAAGCUCAAUAAAAGACUGAUCCAGUUGGGUGGUAGAGAACUGCAAAGGGUUGGCCUAGCAGAUGACCAGCAUGAUCUUGGGUAUGUUCCAAGUUUGGGAUUAGCAAGUUGUGAAUCUUUUCUUCCGAUUCAACUCGUGUCUGUUUGUCAACUUAGGUUGGAUCAACAAGUACUUAUGUCUAUUUGUAGAGUAGGGGAUAAUACAAAAAGAAUAUCUUAAUUGAAUGGAACCUAAAAGUAUGGGGUCAACAAUGCCGCCUCCUUUGAAAAAAAAAUCCACCUCUCUGUCCUCCCUUGGAGGUCUUAGCAUGCAAUAUUUGUCAGUUGUAACUUGCUCAUGGUAGUUGUUUAUUAUAAAUCAUAUGUCCUGAAUAGAAGGAUUAAAUUGAACCAGACUAAAGUUCUAGCACAUAAGGACACUACUGGUAUCCUUGAAUAUUGAGUUAAAAAAUACAUCAGUCAGUGCAUCCUAUAAGACAAGUGCACUUAUGGUAGGAAAGUAAAGAAUCAAGUUUCUUUUUCUUUUGACUUAGGCCAGAUGCAGUUGUUGAUCCGUGGUUGAAGCAGCUAUGGGAAAAAAUGCUUAGAAUACAUCCUCUGCCAGCUGGAAAGGAUAUCAUCAGUGCUAAUGUUAGGUAAAGUGGCAAUGUCUGUUCCAGACUAGGAUCGAUCCCUAUCUUCUUGUGAAUUUUUGUCGUCAGUAUGAUUAAAGAGAUCAUGAAAAUUAAACACUGAAUUAGCUUUAAACAAGACUGUUUUUCCUGGGAGACAUUACUUUGGUAGAAAGGACAGUACAAAGUUAAGAAGUGCAACAAAAGGUACAAUGUUAUAUUUGAAUGUUUUUGAUUUCAUGCCCGGAAAAAAAAAACCUCUUGUUGUCUUCAUAAACAUUAUGUUGUCAUCCAAUAUGCAUAAGAAAAUAACAGGAAAUCGGACAGAUGUAGUGAACACAUAAAGGUGCACUGAAUUUAAGAAUUUUAUUGAUUUGCUCUUUAAACAGGCCUCACUCAAGAUUCAAGGUGAUCUUUGUUGAUACCAGUAAUCAUGUAACAGAGGACACAAACAAAGCAUGUGAAAGCUCUUUGAUAGAAAAUGGAGGUAAGCUGACAGAAGUAAAAAUGUUGUAGUUAUGGUUCAAUAGUGAUUCAUACUUUGAUUCAAAAACUCUUGGUCUCUUUUCCAAUGUCUUUAUCCAAGCAGUUAUGUCAGAUUCCAGUCCAAGCAGAAGACAUCCUUUCAAUGCACAGCUAAUAUCAAACAACCGUGUGACUUCACCAGAUCACUGGCAAGAUGUAAGACUGGUGCAAUUUGAUAUCAAGGGUUCUGGAAUAAGGUACUAACACUGCUUAAAUUUAAUUUAUUGAAAAGUCAUGGUUUAAAUGAUUUCAGGUCGAAUUUAAAUCAGAUAAAUUUGAUUAAUUUUAUGACUUUCUUUAUUUGACCCUUACACAUCCAAGAUCUCAAAAGAAACUCUCUUACCAUCUUUUAUACAAUUUUUUUUCCAUAUUUUGCUCUUAUAAUUUGGUAUCGAAUCAUUUGCUUAAAAUGCUUCAAUGUUGGGAGGAAUAAUUGUAAACAAAAUGCUUUUAUUAAUGAACACAAAUAGGAAUUCUUUUGGAAAAAAUAUUUGGAGACCUGAGUUAUGUUUAGUAAGAUGGAAAAGAUGUGAAGCCCACAUGACACAUUGUUCUACCCUACUACACAUCUUGACCUUACCAACAGCUGGUUAAUCCUCUAGCACAGUCUGUUUUCUUGAAUUGAACAUAUUGUCUCCAUAUGAGCAAAAUUAGUUUUUAAAGCUGACUGCUGGACUGCACAGAAAUAUUUCUAGUAAUUUUUUGUUCCAUUUCCAUACUGGUAGAAUUCUUGCAAGACUUACACUGUAACUUUCAUGUCAUCUUAAGAUGUUUUAUUGGGGCUACACAGGCUUAAUGAGAGACUAUUUUAGUGGCCAUGAAGAUUGUCUGAGAUACUGUAAUUUUCAGUGAUCCAUCAGUUACCUUCUUCUUAACCAAAAAAUGCCAGUUGUAAACAAGCUUGUCAUGUUUGUAUAAAUAAUAGAUACUUAAAACACACCGUACAAAUAACCACUAAUUCCACUAAUUUUAUAGUAUUUAUUUGGCUGUGAGGUGAGGAGAUUGCUAUUAUUUCAUUGUAAAAAGUCAAUUUGUUUUUGUUGGUGCUCUUCUUUAGCCACUCUCCAGGUGACGUUCUUAUGGUGCAGCCAAGUAAUCUGCCUGAUGUUGUACAAGAAUUUAUGAAUCUUUUAUCACUAGAACCCGAAAAAAUGUUCCAUCUUGAGCAGAAUGAUCCAGGUUAGUGGUUUGUAGAACUGAUAGCUGUCAUUUAAAAGAUGCACUCAUCUGCUGAAGUGAUUGGAUUUUAGAAUGUUAUUACAAUGCCAGAGUUUUUUUGGUCAUAUUAGUUCAGCAUGUGGUAUGGAAAAUUCAGGAUCCUUCUGUGAGAUGUGGUAAUUUUUUGGCAUCUUGCUGUACAGUUUGUAUUUAAUGCUUAGUUAGGAAAUUCCUUACAGAGCCCCUUUAAGAAAAAUCUGUUUUCAAAACAGCUUGUGCCUUUCCACCAUGAUUAAAUGUUGAACUACAUGAUUUAAUGUGACAGAUCUCCCUGUUCCACACCAGCUUCCUCAGCCUUGCUCCAUUAAGCACCUUGUGGAACAUUAUCUAGACAUUCAAGGUGUACCAAAAAGAUACUUCUUUGAGCUUCUUUCCCACUUCACAAGUUCAGAGCUGGAAAAGGAAAAACUUCAAGAGUUUUGCUCUGCAGAGGGACAGGUAUAAAUAAAUUUUGUGGUCUAACUUUAACUUGAAAAGCAAAUCUACUUAUGAUAAUCAGCAUUGGUAUAAAAUGAUGGCUGAAUUUGAGUCAGCACUCAUGUGCAAAUGAAGAGUUUUCUGCAUGCAGGCCACAAUAUUAAGUCUUCAAAGUUCACUCUGAUUGUGCCAUAUUAGAUGUAGAGAACCAAUUGUGUAGAAACACUUGCUUAGGAAAAGCCUUUGAGGCUUCAGUGUUUUCCAUUUGACAUGCUCAAGGUUUUAAAAAAACUUGUCAUUCUGAGAAAGAAAGUAUCAGUUCCUCAUAAUAUCUCGCCAAAAUGUGAUUGAAAAGUGAUAGAAGAUUCCUCAAGUACAUUCCAUCACAUACAACCCAUGUAUUCAUUCCAUGCCCGACGGUUACAUAUAUCCCCUUUACACAAUUGUUUCUAAAUAGGAACAGUUUCAGGCAUUCUCUUCUCUGAGAAUUUCAGUUGUAUUGAGUUGAAAUUUCUGGUUCAUACUUCUUGAACUACAAGUAUCUCAAUUGCUGUUGAUUAUUUUUGGUAGUUAUUGUGACGAAGGGUCUACUUUACCGCUCUUUCAGUUAAACUCCUAGAUAUGCCAGGUUAUCGCUUAUUUUCACGCGAAUGACUUGUGCUUUCAGGAGGAACUUUAUUCAUAUUGCUACAGACAGAAAAGGACCACAUUGGAGGUAAAUUUGAUUUUGUUAUUCUGAAGCAAGGUGAAUUAAGUUUCUGAAACACUCACCAUCUUGGUGAGAGCAUGGUGAUCAAUUUGUUUAACAGAUGUGAUUUUGUCACAAUUUUAAGACUUGCAACGGAAAAAGAAUUGUAUACCAGUAAAAUUACGAUUCUGGGGAUCUUUUAUUCCCAGUUUCUGGAGCAUGUAGUCACUAGGGGUAUUUCUAUUCAACUUGAACGGGAUGCUCGUCCAUUGAGCCCAGCAAUUUCUCAUUUAUACUCUUGGCAAGAGAGUGGCACUGUAAGAGGGAAAGGUCCUUCAAAGAACACAGUAGCACCGGCCAGGGCUUGUACUUUUCAGUGCGCUAACCACAAGGCUGCUACGUAUCAUCAUUUCUAAGGAAACAGCAGGUUAAAUAAUCAUACCUUAAAGAUUCGAUUUAGGGUCCUCUUUCCAAUAGGCUCCUCUUCUCUAAUAAGCGCCCCCCUCUAAUUUGGUCUUGUUAAUAAGCGCCCCUUUUGAGUAAGCACCCUUAUUUCAAUAAGCGUGAAUACUCCUGUCUGAAAUUGCCAUCAAGCGCCCCUAUUCCGUUUCAGUGAUAUCAUUGUUAUAGUUUAUGUACAUUGAGAUCAACCGUGGUCCACCUUCGUUUAAUUGCUUUUUAUAGCUUCAUAAUAAAACAGUGGCCUUCGUCUCAGUCUCUCAACUACUACGUCCAUGUGAGUGCACAAUUCCUUCAUAGCACUGAAUGAUCUCGUCUUAAAAUUUGCGGCGACUAAUUGGCUUUUCGUUCUAGCCAGGAAGGAUCCAGAGACGACAAGUCCCUUUUCCAGUUUCUUGAGCCUUUUCAAAUAAACAUCGAAGCUUUAUUCGGCACAUUCUGCUUUUUUUCAAAAAAGAAUAAGCGCCCUGUCCCUAAUAAGCGCCUUCCUUUCGGUAACCGAAGUAAAUAAGCGCCCGUGCGCUAAAUCGAAUCAUUGCCGUAUUUAAUUAUAAAUAGAGGUAGGGUUUGACGAAAGAUGUUUAAUGUCUGUCUGUAGGUUCUUCAAGACUUUCCAUCUGCUAGUGCCAACAUCCCCUUCGAAUAUUUAUUUGACCUAAUCCCACCGAUUCAACCGCGGGCUUUUUCUAUUGCUUCUUCUUUGAAGGUAAGAGGACCUGUAUCCGGGAAAAUGAAUAUUCUAACUAUCUUUUAGCUGCCCUUCGUUACAUUCCACUCCACUACAAAGACAUUGAUAAAUACUUUAAGUCUUGUGUGCCAUGUGAAAAAGCCGGGGCAUCAUAUCAGCACGAGCGGAAGCAGCAGACGCAAACGAAGACUGACGUUUGAGUUCAGCCUCUUCGUUCCUGAAAGAACUAACUCUGGAAAUAUUUUCAAAAAUUACAAACUUACCAUAAGAUACAAAUAUGUUCCUCCUUUUCAUGAAAACUCUUAGUAAAAUAUUUUCAGGAACCUCCCGCGUAAUUCUGCAUUCAGCCUACAAUCAGUACUAAAAUUACUAAAGAAAUUUUGACCCUAUCUUGACAGGCUCACCCAGAUGAAGUCCAAUUACUGAUAGCUGUUGUAAACUACAAUACUAAACUUGUCAAACCGAGGCGAGGCCUGUGCUCCACAUGGCUGGCUUCUCUGGACCCUUUGAACAAAGAUUGUCGUGUACCUGUUUGGGUGAAGAAAGGAACAAUAUCAUUUCCCAAGGCUUUAGACUCACCUAUCGUCAUGGUAGGCCCAGGUAAUUUGACAUGUUGCACAAUUUUUUUCUUUAUCAUACGUGUAUUUUUACAUGAUUGGUCAAAGACCUUUGCCUUAAAUUUUUUAGAUUUUGUAUUGACGUGUGCUUCUUGGUUUUAUUUAUGUGUAGAACAUUACUGAGUUUUCUAUAGACAAGCAGAGGUAUUUAAACGCCAACACGUUACAAUACUAAGAAUACACCUCGCUUUACAAUCGUGACGCCUAUUUUCAGAAAAGUUUAUACCCCACAACCUCUGUUUACCUCAUAAAUGUGCCUAUGGACGGUCAUUUUUCUUUGAGAAAACCGCCCGUGCUUCUUAAAGAGAUGCUUUUAUACAUCAAUAGUAGUUGCGUGUUUUCGUUAUAUACUUUGAUUCAGUUUAUGGGCGAGUUACGUUCUUGAUAAUUUACACCUGGAACUUUAUUUUUUCAAGCCUAAUGAGGUUGUGCAUUGGUAAUUCAAAGUAAACGCAGAUAACUUUAAAACUAAGGUAUCUUGCUUUUGUGGUUAAACAAACAAACUGUUGAUGCGUUGUAUUUUUCCUCUAGGUACUGGCUGUGCUCCGUUUAGAAGUCUUAUUGAAGAGAGAGUGUCACAGUCUGCUGGAGGUAAGCGAGGGUUUGUUCCACCAGCAGGAGGAGAUAUUGCCUUAAGCUAUUCACGUCCCUAAAACCCUCACUUCUUGAAAUGAGUGGUCUAGGCUAGUAACGCAAUCAAACUGAAAUUUUCUAAUAUCUCGUUUAAUCGUCUGGUUGAGGUAACGGUCUCUUAAAAAAAAACUGUGGUCGGUUACCGUAACUGUCGUUUUGAAAAAGAUGGUUUUUCAAAUGUUGUAGGUCUGACUCGUGGAAACUGGACAUAUUUUCUAUGAUGUCUCUGGCUGUAAGACUGGGGUAGUGUCCGUCACUUGUGAUUGGUCAGUUUCGAUCCGUCUAUGUAGAUUUAUGUAAUUCUAUUUGGCAUAUAAGUCGUUCGUGGAGUGCUUGUAGUUGUUGGCGUCCGCCGAAAGGAGUCUGAUAUAACUAAAACAACCAGCUAUCCAAAGUCAGUCGUGAUAGGAUUGUAGGUUUUGACAUCUGGCUGGGUUCCUCUGAAAUUACUGUUGUCACUCCAGGAAUGGUAGAUUUUUCGUUCUGAUAUAUUUUUGCGGUUUUUUCGCCUUCGAGUUUUGACCCAUGGUUUGUUUAUUAUUAAUCACAAAAACUAAUCACAAUUGUUAUUUUUGUUAUUUGCUAUGUGUCAUUUAGUAUCAAUCAGGUAGCGGCCUUUAUCAGUUGUAUAAUGUGGAUAUCUUCUUGCAGACUGUGUGCUGUUCUUUGGCUGUCGGAAUAGUAACAAAGAUUUCUUUUUCCAAGACCAAUGGGGUCCCUUGGUUGAAAAUGGAAGUUUGCAGUUGUUUACUGCUUUUUCGAGAGAUCAGGUAUGUUAAGAUGGGCAUCUUGUUCCCCCCCUAUGGUACAAGGACUUAGCCACGGUUGUCACUUAUCGCAGAUCACAAUUUUUCCCUCAUUAGAGAGCGCGGUGCAUCGGAGAACUUAGAGGCCGUCAAAGAAACAAUGAGAAAAAAGAAUCACGUGAAAAAAAAUGUGAAUCCGAACAAAGCACAAAAACAUUUAUUUUUUUUUUCCAGUUAGAGAUCAACACAAAAAGGCAUUUAUUGCUGAAAUUGUUUCUUGCUCUCAAAAUGUCUCUGUGUACAGGAAGACAAGAUUUACGUCCAGCACAGAUUGCUAGAACACAGCUUUCUUGUCUGGGAUCUUCUGGUCAACAAACAAGGAUGGUUUUACAUCGCCGGGUAUGAUAAGUGCUCUUUUGCUUUAAAUUUUUUCCCUUUAACUCCCAUGAGUGACCAAGACAAAAUUUCUCCUUACAAUACCAAUACAAUUUCAACCAGAUAA